AUGCGUCGGCCGUGCAGCCCCAUCAUCGCUGUUAGUAGGACCAAAUGUAGGAAGCACAAUGUUGUGGUAUCGGCAGCCCGAAGAAACUUCACUCCGAAUGGUGAACAAUAUUCACACCACAAUCAUCUCGUAAUUCCAGCCGUCCAGACCGCGUCAAAAUCUCUAAUGGAGGCCAUCACCGAAGUGUACGAGAGCGGCUGGUCGGGCCACGACCUGCUGUACGUGCAAGCUCAGAGCAUGGAGAUGCUCUGGCAGGACUUCUCGCACAAGCUGGGCGACCAGGUGCUCAUCCCGCUCAACACCUACACCAAUCAGUUCCCUGAAGUCAGGAAAAAAGUAGAGAAGCGUGGCCGCAAGCUGGUAGAUUACGACAGCCAGCGACAUAGCUUCCAGAAUCUUCAAGCCAAUGCUGCUAAGAGAAGGGACGAUGUCAAGAUCACAAAGGGCCGCGAACAACUAGAGGAGGCGAAGCGCACAUACGAAGUCCUGAACUCUGAGCUGCACGACGAACUGCCGGCGCUAUACGACUCACGGGUCCUGUUCUACGUCAACAACUUACAGACGCUCUUCAGCGCGGAGCAGCUCUUCCACAACGAGAGCUCUAAGGUGUUCGCCGAGCUAGAAGCGAUAACCGACAAGCUCGCGAACGAGUGCCAGCGCGGCUCCUACACCAAGAAGUCGAUCGCCAACAACAUCUCGCCCAUUUCCUCGCCCAAGACCAACACGCUCAACUCACACAACGGCAACGCUGCUUCACUCACUGAUACCGUGCAAACGCCCCCCUCCCCCGCGCUCAAUGGCGACUCUCCGCCGCCCGCGCCCGCGCGCCACGUGAGCGAGGAGCGCGACAAGUCCCCCGUCUCGCUCGCACCCGCUGAGCCCGCGUCGCCUUCCGCCGAGGCCCCGCCCACUAACGACAAGCCCACCAAUAACAACGAGGACAAGAAGCUCGAGGACCUGUACGAUAUACCUGUCGGGUCGCCGGUACCUCCCGAGAAGUUGAAUAAUAACGGCGAGGAAAAGAAACAAGUAGACGUAGAACAGAGUGUGAAAGAAAAGGAUAAAGAGAAUGACAGUCCGAAGACGGACGAAGUCUACGACAUACCUGUUGGGGCGACGCUGGCGGGGCUGCCGGCGGGCGUGCUGUACCGCGUGCGCGCCACCUACCGCUACACGCGCGAGGACAGCGACGAGCUCAGCUUCGACGUCGGCGACACCAUUCGCGUCGUCGAGUACGACGACCCCGAGGAGCAGGAGGAAGGCUGGCUAAUGGGCAUCAAGGAAGGCACGAACGAGAAAGGCAUGUUCCCAGCAAACUUCACGCGGCCCAUAUGAGGCGUUUUAACGUCGCCUGCAACCAAGUUAGGUUCUUGCGUAUAGAUUACCCUUUGACCGCCAUUCACAUGCGCCAAAAAGUUCAAGUUUAAUAGUAUGGAGUGUGGUAAGAAAAGGAGGGAAAUCUGUCAAAGUAAAACUGUUGCAAAAUUCCCUAGAUAGCCUUAUAUUAUAGUUACAAAUACCUCCGAUGGCGCUAGGGGAAGUAGGGGACCACGAAGAGAAUGACGUGAAUUUAGCCAUUAUUGACGGGGCGAAGUACGCUGUCAGCGAUUAGAAAUUUUCCCACCUUUGCAGCGACAUCUAUUGAUAGUUUUAAAUGUGCACGUCUCAUGCAUAAAGAUGUUCCUCAUUUUCUUUGUACAAUCCAUAUUCAAUAGGCUUGGCUCAAAGUCAUUAAGUAGACCCUGGCUUGGCCUUACUUGCAAUACGAUACAUCCUAAUACUAUAUACCAAUAAUGUCGAAAAUCUCAGUAAUCUGAAAGUUCAGCUAUCAUUCAUGUAUCAGUAGUGGCACGUUAAAAUUAAAUUCGUCAUGUGGCGGUCAAACGGUCUAAGUGUAUUGCGCAUUCUAAUAUUUAUUGUUUCCUGUAAGAGAUAUGUUUUCACAAUUAAUUUUUCAAAAA